AUGGCGUUAUACCAUCUAGCUAACAUCUGCGGGUCACAGUAUUCUGGAGGAAGGAUAUGCUUCAACCCUGAUGGUUAUAUAUAUUCCUCCUGUGUUCUGGCUCCUGUAGGAAAUCGCAUCAAUAUAUAUGAUUUACAAACAAAUAUAAGCUCUACACUCAAUUCUGAAACUAGAACUAAUAUAGUAGUAAUAGCAAAUCAUCCAUCAAAACCACUGUCAAUACUUGUUGACGAUAAUGGAUUUGGAUAUAUUCUAAACCUAAUUAGAGAUAAAAUAGUACAUAGACUACAAUUUAAGUCUACAAGUAAUAUUUCUACGGCUGAAAGCAAGCAGUUCAACGCUUUAAAUACACAAAAGAAAAGAUUAAUCCACGCGAAUUUUAGCCCUGAUGGGAAAUACUUUGCAAUUUCAAUACAAAAGAAAUUACUAGUUUGGUUAUCUCCAGAUGAAAAGUUGAGCUGGAGAAUGACACUACACCUGGAAAUUACAGGACAUAUGGAAAAUAUUAAUAGUCUAGAUUGGUCGAAGGACUCUAAAUAUAUAGUCACAAGUUCCAAAGAUAUGACAGUUAGGCUUUGGUGUGUAGAGCCAGAUGAAACUUUCGUACCAGUGGCAUUUGUAGAUCACAGAAGAUCAGUAAAGGCGGCAUUCUUCACAAAUGAUAUGAACCGGAUUUGUAGUGUAUCGAAAGAAGGAGUUAUAAUAAUAUGGAAGAGAUCAGAUGUGACUGAAAGCGAUAAUUCAGCAAAACAGAUAGGAUCAAGGAGUAAAAUGAAUUUCCUAAGAAAAUCAAACAAUAUAAAAGAAAAUCAACAAACGUGGAUAAGAGAAACUAAAGGAUACUGUAACCAGCCGUCAAACUCAACCGUAUCCGUGGUCACGUUUAACGCUAAUAUCGGAUUAUUUGUUGUUGGUUUCACUGGAGGAACAUUUGGUCUAUAUAAUGUGCCGGAACUGACAACAAUCUACACACUCAAAAUAGGAGAACAAAUCCCAGUUAUUGACUCGGUUGACAUAACAAGUGACGGACAGUGGAUAGCACUAGCGUGUUCACAAACGGGAACGAUUGUAGUGUGGGAGUGGAAAAGUGAAACGUUUGUAAUGAAACAACAGGCGCACCUAGGAGGAGUUAGGUGUUGUUCAUUUUCGUAUGGUUCCAAUCUAGAAAGAUUGGGAAGUCUGGCAGAAAAUAAACAGGAUUUCGAUAGAGCACUGUCUAGUAAAAAUUUGGGAAUGGGAACAAGGUUUCUAGUGGCAACAGGAGGAUUCGAUGGAAAAGUGAAGCUAUGGGAUAACAAUACAGGCUUAUGCUAUGUAACACUGACUGAACAUAGCGCUUCAGUUGAGGCUAUAGCAUUUACACCUCAGGGAAAUGCAUUGAUAUCAGCUUCAUUAGACGGCACUGUUAGAUGUUUUGACCUAUUUAGGUUCAAAAACUUCAGGGUCCUAACUUCAAUCAGAACUCAAUACACAAGUGUUGCAGUUGAUGGAUCAGGAACAAUAGUAGCGGCAGGAACUAAAGGUGAAACCAAUUCCGUUUUCAUAUGGCAAAUACAAACGGGAAAGGUUUUAGAUGAACUCGUAGGCCACACAGCUCCUGUAACAUCAGUUUCAUUCCAUCCACACCCAUCAUACAACGGUUUCCUAGUAUCCUCAUCAUGGGACAACACAAUUAAGAUUUGGAAUGUUUUUGGUAGAAAAGAUAAGGCAGGAUCAGUGGAAUCAGUGCUUAACACCUCAAGUGUAAUAUCAACAGCAUUUGAUCCUAGAGGAAAUUCAAUAUUGGCAGCAUCGAUACUAAGUGGCCAGAUUCUUUUCUGGGAUCUAGAUAACGUGGAACAAAUCGGGUCAAUUGACGGUUUAAGAGAUAUUCAUCCAGGAAGACAUUAUACAGAGGCAUUUUCAGCAAUAAACAUAAAGAAGGAUCCACACAGUAUUAAUCGAAAUAACUAUUUCAACUCACUCUCAUACUCUUCAUGUGGAACAAUGAUAGUGUGUACAGCAAAAAACUCGCCACACGUAGCCGUCUAUAGCACGGAAAACUACCUACUACUACAUGUCCACACACUGACGAGAAACAACUCACUUUCAGGCCUAAAAAGGUUCUUGAGUUCUAAAUACAUGACUGAUUACGGGUUCUCAGUGAACGAACUUGAUCUUUCCGACGAGGAGAUGUUUGAGGAUUCAAGGAAGUUGAGUAGAAUUCAGGCCCACAAGUCCCUUCCAGGAGUAGAAGUAGGAGAGUUUAAAGUGACGCAGGAUCGAUUUAAUGUUUGGGAAGUUAAUUAUUCACCUGAUGGAAGACAAUUUGCCGUAUCAACAUCCCAGGGUGUAUUUAUAUACUCUCUGGACGUCACGAGGAAUGUAGAGUACACGAAUCAAAUGCUUAAAUCUGUCCACAACUUCCAGCCCCAAAUUAUAACCAAAAGUGUAACCAAAACAGCAAUUCUAAAACAUCUUGAGAAUAAUGACUUCGUGAGCUCCUUUAUCUUGGCACUUGCAAUGAACAACUUUAAAAUGAUGCUCAAAGUUUACGAAGCUGUUCCAACAAGUAAAAUAUCAUCUCUUGUUUCUUCACUUGACUCCACUCUCCUUCUGGUACUCCUAAAUUUUAUUAGGAAUGUGCUAAACAGCUACUCUACCAACGGAACUACACAUUUAGGUCUUCACCUUGUCUGGCUCAAUGCGAUUUUUUCGAUUCACCAAAGUACACUAUCAAAUUAUUCAGGGUCUCAAACAUCUAAAGACUCACUUUCUGACUUGAGAACUAUCAUGUUGUUGUUGCUUAGGCAAAUCCGAGAGUCUAGGGCUAACAUCCUAGGACUCUUUGCUUCAAACGCGUAUUCUUUCGAUUAUCUGUGUAAUUUAAAGUGA